AUGCUGCGACCAUGGACGGCGCGGCGACGGUGGGCUCGGUCACUGCAGACGAUGCGGCCAAAGAAGCUGCCGAGGUGGGUGGGCCCGCAGCUCUUAGUGACGGAUCGUGACUGGCGCGGCUAUCAAGCAGAAGUGGAAGCAGAGAACCCUGCCUUGCUACAACUGCGGCUAGCUAUGAGACAGUCUUACUUGGUGCAGGGUGUCUACAGGCGUGCUUUGAGAACGAUGCUGCUGGGGCUGUUGGACAAAGAUAUUUUGGCACAGGCAGCAAGACAGGAGGAUGCUGGCCAGGUGGUCCCUUUUGAGGAUUUGGUGUGCCUCAUCCCAGCAAGCUUGCUCUCAGAAGGUCUCAUCAGUGAGCUGGAGGGCAUGGCACAGGACGUUCACAUUGCUCAGCAGAAGGCCGAAACCAAGCAGCGUGCAUUGGCCAUCGAAGAUGAAGAGGGCGACGAGGAAAAGCAGCCGAAGCGGCGCGUCCUAUGCCGUUCCACCCACGAUAAGACAAAACAGGAACAACAUAAGCAAUACGAGAAGCCCUGGUGA